AUGGCCGCCGCCGGGUGCGGCGGCGGCGUCGACGGCGAUGCCAAGUACAACUCGUACAAGGCGCCGGGGCUGCGGGGCGCGUUGCUGGAGGCGGCGCACGUCUCCUGCCUCGAGGACCGGUACGCGCUGGGCCCGCAGCUGGGGUGGGGCCAGUUCGGCGUGAUCCGCUCCUGCUCCGACCUCGUCACCGGCGAGGCGCUUGCCUGCAAGUCCAUCGCCAAGGGCCGCCUCCUGUCCCCCGAUGACGUGCGCGGCGUGAAGCUCGAGAUCGAGGUCAUGGCGCGCCUCGCGGGCCACCCAAACGUCGUCGACCUCAAGGCCGUGUACGAGGACCGCGACUCCGUGCACCUCGUCAUGGAGCUCUGCGCCGGCGGGGAGCUCUUCCACCGCCUCGAGGAGCGCGGAUGCUUCUCCGAGCACGAGGCCGCCGUGCUGUUCCGAUACCUCAUGGAGGUCGUCGCGCAUUGCCACAGCAAAGGGAUCGUGCACCGGGACCUCAAGCCCGAGAACAUCCUCCUCGUCAGCAAGUCGCCCUCGUCGCCGAUCAAGCUCGCUGACUUUGGACUCGCUACCUACAUCCAGCCUGGUCGAAGCUUGAGCGGCAUGGUAGGCAGCCCGUUCUACAUUGCGCCAGAGGUGCUCUCCGGUGGAUACAAUGAGGCCGCCGAUGUCUGGAGCGCGGGGGUCAUACUCUACAUCCUCCUGAGUGGCAUCCCCCCAUUUUGGGGGAAAACCAAGUCCAAGAUUUUCGAGUGCAUCAGAUCCAUGGAGCUGCGAUUCCCUUCUGAUCAAUGGGAUAGGGUUUCUGAUUCGGCCAAGGAGCUAGUCACCGGGAUGCUAAGGCGCGACCCUAGACAACGGCUCACGGCCAAGCAGGUUCUAGAGCAUCCGUGGAUGCAAGAACACGCGGACCAAUCACAAGACUCCUGCAGGCACUGUCACGAGAUCGGCCUCUGGCGGGAGGACCCUGGCUCGUGCUCCUUCUCCAUGCCGCUGGCGUCGCGGAGUAGGGACGUAAGCUUCAACACAGGCGGCCCAAUCGCCUGCCAGGGCACGCUGGAGGAUGAGGCAUGCUGCUCGCCAACGUUCGCCGCCGUCUGCAGGUCGUCCUUCUCGGCGUUCGUCACCGACUUGGACCCGUCGUCCUGCCCGGCCUCCACCUCCGGCGGCUCCGGGUUCUCGUUUGGCGGGCCCUGUGAACUGCCCGGCGGAGGGUUCCCGUUGCCGGUGGCUUCCAUGCCGAGCUUCUCGUUCUUCUGCGCGCAAGAUUGCAGUGAGCCUGAACCGUCGUCGUCGGCCGAGAAAGCUCCCUGCGACGUGACGGUGGCUGCCUCAUCCCUGAGGACGGCGACGGGGAGGGGGGCCACGCCGCGGGGCGUCAACGGCAGGCGGAACCACACGAUCGGCGCCGGCGGGCGGGAGCACCUGGACGUGGCGGUGUCCGAGUCCGUCAUACGCUGGGCGUCGUGCACCAACUUCUCCACGACGCACUCGCUCCGGGCCUCCCUCGUGUGCUAG